AUGCCGUUCGGAGAUUACAAUAUGAAAAGCCCCGGCGUGCGCCGAUUGAUGAAGGAAGCCAGCGAACUGCGAGACCCCACCGAAUACUUUGCGGCGUACCCCAUGGAGGAAAACCUAUUCGAGUGGCACUUCACCGUCCGUGGCCCGAGGGAUACCGAUUUUGAUGGCGGGAUUUACCAUGGGCGCAUCGUUUUCCCCGACGACUACCCGAUGAAGCCACCGAAUAUUAUGUUCUUUACGCCGAACGGCCGCUGGGAGCUGAACAAAAAGGUAUGCCUCUCCAUCUCUGGCUACCACCCGGAAACAUGGUUACCGAGCUGGUCAAUUCGCACGGCUCUCCAUGCCCUCGUCGGCUUUAUGGCGACCGAUUCCGGCGGUGCCAUCGGGGCCCUCGACUACCCACCAGCCGAGAGGAAGCGACUAGCCAAAGCAAGCGAAACAUGGAAAUGCAAGGAAUGCGGCGCAUGUAUGAAGGAUGCGCUUUUGCCACUCACCGAAGCUUCGGAAGCCAUUGAAGGCGAGGCCAAGGAGCUGGCGAAGCAGCUGCAAUUCAGGGACGAAUCCGCCGUAAAAGCCGAAGUGGCCGCCAGCAGCCAAGCUAGCGCCCCCGUCGAGAACAACGUUUCGCCAAAGAAGGAAGGAUCUGCGGAUGAAGACAAAGAAAACAAGGCCCCCGUUGUUUCGUCGCCGGAAAAGAAGCAGCCGGAACAACAAGACGUUCGACCCACGGUGGAAGAAACGACGCCUGAGGACCCGAAAAUGACUCCCAAAACGGAAAAGCCCGGAACAUCUACAUCCACUGGAGAGCCGACGUUGCGGCGUCGGACGGCUGGCCUACGAAGUCCUUUGCCCAGCGCUCAACGCCAGAACACCAGCGACGUCGUUGCCGAAACCGAAUCCAGCCCUUGGACCGUUCUGAUGAUGAUCCCCGUCUUCCUCGCCCUCUGCGUCGUCGGACUCGUGCUCACCGCCCGCCUAUACUUCAAA